AUGGAUCAUGAUUUUAGUGAAGGUAUAAAUCGAGCUCAGCAGUAUUUAGAUAACACUUUUACAGAUGUGUUCAGCCACGUAAAUUUGUCGAGAGUAAAGCCAACGUCUAGAAUCCAACUGGGUGAAGGCUAUAGACAAUCAGACACUAAACAAGCCGAAGUGCUUCAAUACUCAAAAGAGGAGAUUGAGAUACAAACAGUGUUAGCAGAGAAAGAACUUUCUCGGCAAAUAAAAGCGCUCGAAGAACAAGUGCAACAAAGAAGGGUACGUUUAAAGGAACAUGAAAACGCUACAAGAUACGAUCGCAACAACCUGUUAAUCCUGUUAAUCUCGAGGUUAAACUUAACACAAUGUCAAAAUCAAUCAAGAAAGAGGUCGAAAGUUCAUCGAGCAGCGAUGGGGCAAAAUACCAAAGACAAAGUGCACCUAAACCAAAGUUAGAACCAUCCCCAUGUGAAAUCGGCGCUGAUCUCUGGAAGCAACUGAGACGCGUUGCCAUACCCUAUGUUCAAUGGCUAUAA